AUGAGCUCCCCGCCCUCACCGGGCUGCCGCCGGAUCAGCUCCCCGCCCUCAGGGGCCGCGCUGCCCGUCGGGCUGGAGGCGCCCCGCAUUGAGGCGCGGCUGCUGUCGCCUGUCCCGGCCCCACAGAGCGAAACUGCUCCUGGAAUGCCUCAAAAAAGGCCAAGGGUUCUUCUGAAGUAUAUAAGUCACCCAAAAACUAGGAACAGCAUUCCUAUAGAAGAGAUCUUUGAGAUUUACAGCAUGAGGCCCUCAGCAACACACUGGCAGAACUCUGCAAAAGACCACUGGAUUCAACCUUUCAAGAUGUCCCUGCAUCCAUCUGCCUUGCUGACUGCCCCUGAAGCUGCAGAGCAUGCCCAGAAGAAAAGCAUCAAGUACCAAACACCAACAGCACAUCAAAAACAAGGCCCUCAUUCAGCAAGGACAGCUGAAAAGAACAGCAAGCAACUGGACACACUGACCAGAGGAAAGCAACUGGGUGUCAAAAUAGGUCUGGAGAAUUCACACAAGGCAGUAAAACAGUUUUUGCAAUGCAACAGGGAAUGUCCCAGUCUUGUCUACCCUUCUCAGCUCUCUUUAUCUGCCCUGCAGUCCCCAUCUCUCCUGAUGGAUUCAGCCCUGCCUGCUGUGCUUGUGCUUAUUAACAUUUGCAUCCUGCAGGGAGCUACAGAAGCAAAACAAGGAAUCUCUCCAAGGAAGCCUGGAACAAACUCAGAAGGGAGGAGAGCAAAUGAAGCAAAGCCAUAACAAAGACCCAGACUUCAUGUACCUCACUUAGUUGUAGAUGUCUUUCUUUGAGGGCUGCUCCUGUGACACCACCACAGACCCCUCAGACCUGCAUGCCUUCCUCAACUGCUGAUGAAGUGGAAACCAGCUGCUGGACGAUAUGUGAAUGUUCCACACAGGCCAUCAAUACUUCCUG